UGUCAAUUGGACUCGCAAAGCGAACCAAGCAAGUACGAGAGCGCGUCAGCAGCUGAUAAGCAGAAGUCAAAGGCAGCGACAAAUUCAACAACGCAGUUUCGCGCAAACAAACAAAACUCGUUCGAUUACGAUUUACACGUGUUACAAAGUAACGGAAACUUACAUAAUUGAAAAGAAGAAGAAGAUGUCUGCAUCUCCCACCGCUCGCCAAGCCUUCUCGCAUGCGCUGCCCCUGGCCAUGACGAAGACCAAGAAGGUUGUGAUAACCGAUCCCAUCCAAAUGCCGGAAGUGUACUCCGCUACGCCCGGCGGCACCCUCUACUCCACGACACCUGGCGGCACCAAGGUGAUCUAUGAACGUGCCUUCAUGAAGAACCUGCGUGGAUCCCCGUUGAGCCAGACGCCGCCCAGCAAUAUACCCAGCUGCCUGCUGCGCGGCACGCCCCGCACACCCUUCCGCAAGUGUGUGCCCGUGCCCACAGACCUGGCGAAGAAGACGCAAUCGCUGAAAAUCGAGGAACAGGAGCAGUUCCAGCUGGAGCUGUAAAUGCUUUCCAAUUGCAAUGAGCUACUGCCAAAACGCAUGCAUUCACGUUACCAGAAAAUGUUAUCAUUAGCCAUCAAUUAGUUGUAUAUUAUCAGACCUGAUAUAUUGAUCUUGUAGUGUUAGCCCUAAAUAUUCCCACUAAAUUGUUGAUAUAGCUUUAAGUUUUUAGUCCGAUUUUCGGUCACAUUGA